UUAUUUUUUGUAACUAUUUUUAUGUAUUUUUAUUGUUUUAUUUUAAAAAGAUAAUCUUAUUUGGAAAUUUAAUGUUGUUUCCUUUUUUAAAAGAUAUCAAAUAUCAAAUACUCAAACACUAUUGGUUGGUGAACCUAGAGGUUCACCCUAGGGGGUGAACCCAAGAAUUACUCAACAAAAUACUAUUAGCAAUUAAUUGUAUAUAGUAUAUACUGAAGUUAAAAUCCAUGCAUGCCUGUAUUUAUUUAGCGUAAUCUUAUUUUAAGAAAAAAUAUGUUAUAGUAUGGACCAAGAAAAUGAAAGUAUGGACCAGGAAUAAAAUUGAAACGUUGAAUCAAAUUUGUGGUUGUCACUUGUGAUCAGUAACGUAAGUGGUAUACGGGGCCAGCCUGCAGUUUAUAUGUGUAAGUGUGUAACCCUAACAAAAACGUCUAAACGGAUGUGUCUUAGCUUGUAUCACACAAUUAUAUAUCUUGAAUAUUACUAAAUGGCUACACACACCAAGAAAAAGAAAGAUAAAGCCACACAAGAGGCAUACAUACUAUAUCACGUCUCGUUGGCUCGUUGCAAAUGGAUGUCGCAUCGGGAGUGAGACCUAAGGGGAAGCAAAUUAAAUACAAGGCCAUUUUAAGUUCGUUACCAACAAAAAGAAGUCAUGAGGGGAAGACUUGGAGAACUACUGUGUUUAGUUUAUUUUCGCAUUACAACAUUUUAAUUUAGAGAUUGCAGAAUUGACACGUUUGACAUCUCUAACUUUUAUCCACUAGCUGCACGUACGCAAACAAAAUAAGUACAAAGGAUGUCACCUAACUUGUCCCAUGGCCUUAUUCAAUCCCAUCCGUCCAUCUUCCUUUUCUUUAGAUCCAACGGUAUUUUAUAAAACAAUAGCCUAAGCUUCCCAUGAACCCCAUGCACCUAUAUAUAACAUCAAAAGUCUAUACAUGGAGAGAAACACACAAAUAGGAAAAUGGCUUCGCCAAUGAGUACGAUUAAGGUGGCGGUUGUCUCAACCGUAAUCACCGCUAUGUCUCUGUUUGUAAUGUCUUGUGUUCCUACCGCACUAGAUCUCUCCUCAUCUCGGUUCCCAAUCCUUUGGAGUUCAUUUCUCUCGUGGCUGAAACCACCUUACCUCUUCGUCAUCAUCAAUGUUAUAAUCAUUACAACGAUUGUAACUUCUUCCAAGUACUUCCAGAGCACCGGUGUCAACCAAGAUUGUGAGGUGAAGGACGUUGAUAUGGAUGGUCAUUUCGUGGCCAUAUUUCCACCGCCGAUCGUCGUCACGGAUGUGGAUAGAUCGGAGGUUGUAUGUGAAGAGAAGGAGGAGGAGGAGAUUACAGGACUUAACAACGGUGGAGAUGAGCUUGUGAUGUUGACAUGGAAGUUGAAUAAAGUGCCUACGACGAUAACGGACGAGUCAGAAACUAAGAAGGCGCUGGUUUCGGCAAGAUUCAGCCACCGUAAACCGGUCAAAGUGACUUCAAAAGGUAACAACAGGAAGAAGGCGUCUAGGGUGGCGAAACCAAAGUGGCACGAGAACACGUGGAAGAUGAUGGUAACGGAGGAACUUGAGUCAACGCCGUUGACUCAUCAUUCCUGGAGCCCUGAGACGCUCAGACUUGGCGCCGGGGAGUCACAACCUGUCUUGAGGGAAUCGGAGACUUUCAGGGACAUUACUAAUAAUUAUCCAAUAUCUCCCACGGUGACGGAGAUGUCGCCGAGUCUGGAGGAGCUGAAUCAAAAAUUCGAAGCUUUUAUAAAGAAAGGUAAGGAGGAGAUGCUGGAUUCCCUGAGAUUAGACAAAGAUGUGGAUUCACAAGCCAGGCUUAUUAGCUUUUGAAUCUCGUAUACACAGCAAAAACUCAACACAAUAAGAUAUUAGAAUAAUAACUUAAAAAAAACUGAAUAUAACAAUGGGUAUUGGUAUUGUAAAUUUGUAAUACAAUAUAGUUGGUAUUGUAAUAAUGCACAUAGCAGUGAUGGAUAAGCUUCAAUAAUAGAGAAAUCUAAAACCCUAAAUGGUAACACCAGAUGUAUCCUGUUGAGACUCUAGAAUCAGUGAAUCCAACUUGAUUUCAUGAACCUUUGUUGUUAGAUCCGGAGCUGGGCCAAAGCCCAUAAUUAAUUAUAUCACACAUGUAUAUGAUAAAAACAUGUCGUAUGAUCACGUGACAUGGGUUGUUUAAUAACGACGACUAACAGAUAUUUUUUUCUCGAACUCUCGAUAGUCGAAGGAAAAGAGUUUUGUUGACUAUUAACGCCGUGACAUAUAACGGCCAGAUGACAGAACGUUAUACAAACUCAGCGACUCACUUUCACCAACAGACAUCACAGGGCAGUUGAAACGAUGUCGUUUUCUGCCCGCUCUGGAUUUCAACGAAGUUCCAUUUGCCUAAUGUUUCUAUUUCUAUGUCGGUAUAAUAAGCAAAUAAAAUAUGCUCACAUUGUUUUCUUUUCCGAAACUUCCUCACAUCGUCUCUUGUGUGCACAAAAUGAAGUAAUGAACUCCGGCACAUGUACUUGUGACCAAAGUCAAAAAUAGCUUUAUUGAAAAUUCUUAUCACAUUCGUCACUUAACUACGCAACAGGUACAUUAUUAAUUCUUCGAACAACAAGCUAUUGGUUGUACGUUAUAACCCAGUAUAUAGUUGUUUUUUUGGUAUACAACUAUUUUAAAGUAUUAAAUCUCUUACUACAAAUGAAUAAAAUCAAAAAUUCAUGCACAUCUAGACGAACUAAUGGUUUAAUAUAUAUAUAGUUUUCCAAAGUGACAAUGGCGAUAGGAUUUAACCAAACCUACUGUCACGUUUAGAUAUUUCUGAAUUUAAUUCAUAAAUUCAAAUAGAAUCCGAAAGAAACAACUAUAUCAAACAAAGAUUUAAGAUAAUUUGGAGCUGUUGAGUGUAUAAUAAAGAAACAAAAACAUCAUCUACUCACUAAUUAACAAGUUUUAGCAUUUUUGGGAUAUCAUCUUCCAUGACCGAUCACAAUAUUAAUUCUAACAACGAAGCUAAUUCUUGAUCAAACUCGUUACACCGUAUAAAAUAUCUUAAUGAGGUAUCAUCCGAGCUUACAUCUUUUUCAUAAGACGUUUGUAAAUCGAACAAAUCAACUUUCACACUAUAUUUUGUGGAAAAUGAAAUAAAUUUUAAAGUGAUUCUCUAGAUAUAUGUAUAUAUAUAUAUAUAUGUGUGUGUGGUUUUGAGGAAGCAUGAUUUUAUUUUCGUCAUCGAUCUAUGCUAAAUAUUUUGCUACACAUAUUGGUCGGCAAAGAAAACAGAACAUUAAAAAAAACUUAAUAUUAAGAGUGGAUUAGAUAGCACUCGAGACGAGUCGUGGUCAAAUAUACAACAGUUGGAAAAUUGACCUCCAUAUGGCCCGUUCAUGCUGCUUAGCUCUUAAGAUAUUGUCAAAAGGAAUAAAUCUCUUUAAGAUAUUUUUCCUUUUCAUUAUAAGUAUUUCUCUCUUUUAUUCGUAGAUACAUAUUUCUGUUUUUAGUAUGCACCACAUCUGGAUCCAUAUCUCAUCAGUCAUUUCAUUUACAAUCUAUGCAGCAAACAAAUUAACGUACGUAAACACAAACAUGCAUGUAGAUAAUUAAUGAUGGACACUAUACGGGAAUUUGUGAUAUUAACAAUUUAGAAAGUAGCAGAAUCAAAGGGUUUGGCUUUCAAAGAAGUUUGUAUCUAAGCUUCAUCGGUGGGCACUUGAGUGUCAAAAGAUCCGUUUUGGCUUAAGCAAAACUCGAUUUAUCUAAAGUCUUCUCUCGAGGCUGCUUUCUUGCUUUCAAUGCAAAAAAAUGACAGAUGAUCAUGUGGUGUAAGGGUGUUUUGAGUCUCUUAAUAUCUUUAGUGGGUUUUCUACCUUUCGGGAUAAUAUCAGAACGAAUAUAUGUAAUGAUUUCGUUAUGAAAUCUUUUAUUUUUGUCCAGUAACUUUAGUACUCCUCCAUAUCUUAAUCUAAUCAAGACAUCCAGUGACAUAUUAGCUAAGUCAGAUGGUUUAGAAAAUAAGAGAUAUGUUCGCUUAAUGAUAUUAUGAAUCAAGUUGUCUUGUGGUAGGUAAAAAUAACUAAUAAUAUGUUUACGACGAUUUAAUUUAAAACGAUUUGCUAUUGGAAAAUCUUAGACUUUGGUUAACCCAUGUUAACUUAGCUUCGGAUAAGAGACGAUUUUUAGUUUUUUUUUAGAUUUUAACUAAAAAAAACUAAGAACCAUCUAUUAAAUAAGAGAUUAAAAGUCGUCUUUUAGUCAAAAAGUGUUAAAAACAAAAAACAAAAAAAAUGUCAAAUCAUAAGUUAAAAACCCCGGCUAAGAGACUGAAGUUAAUCAUGUCCUUAGUAUUAACUAGUAAUUGAUUUUUAGGUACUCUCCGGUCUCUACUUUAAAUAUCAUCAAGUGACCUAGUAAACCAGUUUAGCAAAAUCAUUUUUAAGAGAUAAGAAUACAUGCAUAUAUCAUGAAUAAGUUGUCUUGUGAUGGGAAUUAUAUUAACUAGUAAUGAUUAAUAAUACUAUAUAAUUUGUUGACAAAAAAAUGAUUUACAAUUUAAGUUUAAAUUAAAGAAAUGAGUGGCAUUUAUAUAAAAUCAUAGUAUUAACUUUUUUUGUCAGCUAAUCAUAGUACUAUUAACUGAAAAACGCAUUCACUACUUUAAAGGAAUGAUUAAUGUAAAUCUCUUACGGAGAGUCUCUUAUCGAAAAUUAGAGACGUCUCUUAAUUUUAUUUUAUUUUAAGUUAAGACGUGUUUCUUAGGGGGGUUAUUGGGAGUGAAAUUUUGAAAGAAUUUUAAAAUUUAGAGAUUUCAUUGUUAUUGGUUAAUGAAUUCUUAAAAUCUUAUUAGAAUCCUUUGUUAUUGGUUUGUGGACUUUUAAAUUCUAUGGAAAUCCUAUGUUAUUCAAAAAGUUUAGUUUUUAUUGACUUUGUAAUUCUAUUAAACUCUUUUGUUAUUGGGACAUAAAUUCUCUCUAGUUUUACUCAUAACACACAACUUUACAAAUAUCACAUAUAGUCAUAGGAUUCUCAAAAUCUAUGUACCAAAACACACAAAAACACAAAUACAUAAACACAACAAGAUUUUUUACAUUUUUAUUGUCAAGUCAAAGAUAAUUGUAAAAAGAAAACUAAAGAUAGAAGAAAUUAUUAAAAAUAACAAUUUUAAAAAAAAUCAUUCAUGAAAUAUAACUAUUUGAUAUUAAAAUAAAAUCAUGAGAAAAUUCAUAGGUUGAUCUUAAAAACUUUAAAACAAAAA